CAUACCAUGCUAACAAGCCUCUGAAACGCCAAACAUAAACACAAUUUUCUCUCUCUACUCUCUCUCUCUCCCCUCCAUGGCUACUGACCAGCGAGAAAUUCGUCGGGCCUCGAACAUGCAGUACUUCACAGACGAAGAGAGCGAAGGAGAGGAGUAUAACGAGAAAGAAGAAGGAAUCGAUUCUGAAGCAGACGAUGAGGUUGGUAAUGGAAGUGAGAGCAAAGGCUUCUUAUUCUACACGUGCGGCGGCGGCGGAGGUGGCGGGGAUCGGCGGCGAAAGGGGUGGUCUUUAGGGCACGUGCUGGACCCGAGGGCAAAGUGGGUCCAGGAAUGGAACAGGGUAUUCCUACUGGUAUGUGCAACGGGCCUUUUUGUGGACCCGCUAUUCUUCUACGCGCUGUCGAUAAGCGACACGUGUAUGUGCCUCUUCGUCGACGGGUGGUUCGCCGUCACCGUGACGGUGCUCCGGUGCAUGACCGACGCGUUGCACGUGUGGAACAUGUGGCUGCAGCUCAAGAUGGCGAAAAGGUCCUUCGCCGCGGUUGGCGCGGUCGACGGAAGCGCCGCCGCCGGGCUGAGGGACGCAACGGCCCGCUCGGUGGCUCUCCGAUAUCUCAAGGCCAAGAGGGGCUUCUUGUUUGAUCUCUUUGUCAUUCUUCCUUUGCCCCAGAUUGUACUAUGGGUGGCAAUCCCAUCUCUGUUAGAAAGAGGAGCAGUGACCAUAGUGAUGACGGUGUUCUUGAUAAUAUUUCUGUUCCAAUAUCUCCCUAAGAUUUAUCACUCGGUCUGCCUAUUGCGCCGCAUGCAGAACCUCUCUGGCUACAUUUUUGGAACUGUUUGGUGGGGAAUUGCUCUCAACCUCAUUGCAUAUUUUGUCGCAUCACACGCUGCAGGAGCUUGUUGGUAUCUGUUGGGAAUCCAAAGGGCAGCGAAAUGCUUAAAAGAGCAAUGUGGGGCCACAAGUGGUUGUGGGCCAACAAUAUUAUCUUGUAAAGAACCCAUUUACUAUGGAGGCAGUAGCAUGGUGAGAGAUGGACCAAGACUAUCAUGGGCACUAAACAAGCAGGCAAGGUCUGCUUGUUUAGACAGUGCUGAUAAUUAUGACUACGGAGCUUAUAGGUGGACAGUUCAGCUUGUUACCAACAAUAGCCGCUUGGAAAAGAUGCUCUUUCCCAUAUUUUGGGGCCUAAUGACUCUGAGCACUUUUGGUAACUUGGAGAGCACAACCGAAUGGUUAGAAGUAGUUUUCAACAUCAUUGUCUUGACUAGUGGACUUCUUUUAGUCACCAUGUUGAUUGGAAACAUUAAGGUGUUUUUGCAUGCUACAACGUCCAAGAAACAAGCAAUGCAAUUAAAGAUGAGGAACAUAGAGUGGUGGAUGAGGAAGAGGCACUUGCCUCAGGGGUUCAGGCAGCGAGUGCGCAACUACGAGCGCCAGCGGUGGGCCGCCAUGCGCGGCGUUGAUGAAUGUGAGAUGAUUAGGAACCUCCCUGAGGGUCUUAGGAGGGACAUCAAGUACCAUCUCUGCUUAGAUUUAGUAAGACAGGUACCUCUGUUCCAACACAUGGACGAUUUAGUCCUCGAGAACAUCUGCGACCGAGUCAAGUCCCUUAUAUUCACCAAGGGAGAAACAAUAACGAGAGAAGGAGAUCCAGUUCAGAGAAUGCUAUUCGUGGUGAGAGGCCACCUCCAAAGUAGCCAAGUCCUGCGCGACGGCUUGAAGAGCUGCUGCAUGUUAGGCCCCGGCAACUUCAGCGGCGACGAGCUCCUGUCAUGGUGUCUCCGUCGCCCCUUCAUCGAGCGUCUCCCCCCGUCUUCCUCGACGCUCGUGACGCUCGAGACGACGGAGGCUUUCGGGUUGGAGGCCGAGGACGUGAAGUACGUGACGCAGCACUUCAGGUACACUUUCGUGAACGAGAAAGUGAAGAGGAGCGCCAGGUACUACUCGCCCGGGUGGCGGACAUGGGCGGCGGUGGCAAUCCAGCUGGCCUGGAGGCGCUACAAGCACCGGUUGACUUUGACUUCGCUGUCGUUUAUACGGCCGAGGAGACCCUUGUCCAGGUGCUCGUCGUUGGGAGAGGAUAGGCUCAAGCUUUAUACCGCUUUGUUGACUUCGCCCAAGCCAAAUGAUCAGGAUGAUUUUGAAUUUUGAGAUAUAUAAACUAUAAUACGAUCAACGGAUUGUUCAUAUGGGAAUUAUAUAAAUGCACAACUUGAUCGAUUUGAGAUUGGGAAUGUAAAAUUGUGGCGGGGUGUAUUUGCAUUAAUGUGCAAUAUUAAUGCAUGUCCUUUCGUUUUGA